GCAAAGGGAAUCCCAACAAUAACCUAGCAUAGUUAAGGAUUAACAAAAUUUGACAGACAUCAUGUUUGUGUUAAGAUGCUAAAUAUUAAAAUUACACAUAAACACACAAACAGAAUGCGAAGGAUACAACAGCUCGAGCUUUGUCAUUUGAGAAGUCUAUCCCUUCAGACACCUAUAAUCAUCAUAUAUAGGACUAAACUGAGUGAAGAAGAUUCCUGCAAGGAAUACAAGUAUGUCAAUUUUCUAGGUUCUGUUCUUGACCAUGCAAUUUUGAUGUCCUUACAAAUUCAUCUUCUGUCAGAAAUUUUCAAAUGGUCAAAGUUCAUUUCCUUCCUAGCGAUGAUUGUUCGCGACCGGUGCUCGACAUUGAAGAUAGUGUCAACGUUGGGCUACGUGUUAAAGGUUGUUCCUAUUUCGCAUCACGUGCUAUGGUGGAAGAAGCAGAAUUGAUCUUCUGCCCAUACGACUAUAUCAUCAAUCCAGCGAUCCGGGAGGGACACAAAAUUAAUUUGCCCGGGAGCGUCAUUAUUUUAGAUGAAGCCCAUAACAUUGAUGAUGUAGCUCGCGAGUGUGGAAGUAUUGAUCUUGAGGAGGAAUAUCUUCUCGAGUUGAAGACAGACCUGGCACAACUGAGCAUGAUUGAUGACAUGACUUACCGACCCUUGCUUGAGAUGACUAAGGGCAUAUUGGGAUGGAUUGACCGGAGAAAAAAUACACUGGGGAGUGAUGUCAAGUGCCGCUGUUGGACCGGAGAUGAAGCAUUAAAGGAGCUGGAGGAUGCUAGUAUCUCAUUGCAGAAUUUUGGAAACUUACAAGAUUGUGCCAAAAAGGCUAUCAAAGCUGCUACAGAAGUUAAGUCGGAUAUGCAUCGUUUAAGGCGAAAGGGUUUUUCUCUACGCUAUGCUAUUUCUUCUCUGAGAUUCACAGCUUUGAUCUCGCAUUGCAACGAGCUUCGAAGAAAGUUGAAGGUAAUGCUUAAGCUCUCGUUAUUCCUUUUGUCUAUGAAUUCUUAAUAAUAAGUAUAAUGUUAGUGUGUGGAAAUGUUACAGAUGUUUGGACUUCGACCUACACAUUCAGCUUGUGGUGCUUGAAUCCGGCUGUCGUUUUUAAAGGCAUUGCUGAACUUGCACAAUCUGUGAUUCUCACCUCAGGGUAAACAUAGUUCAGGUUAUUGAUCAUUUUCGGGAAUAAAGAUGUAUAAACAUAAUAUAUAAUUUUAUGUUUUCAUUAGAACUCUUUCGCCAUUGAAUACUUUCUCGUCUGAACUCGGCGUUAAAUUUGACACUUCUCUGCAAGCCCAACAUGUCAUAAAUGUUAAAUCACAGGUAGACUCUACUUCUUAUGUGUUUCAUCAUGUUCAAUCUAGGUAUGCUUUUCCGAGACUAAGAGCUUGAU